UCGAAAAUGGUGAAGAUAAUUUUCUAUGAAAACAAGAAUUUUGAGGGUCAUCGGGAUGAAUGCAAUGGUGAUUGUGCAGAUAUGCUCUGCUAUCUUGGCUGCUGUAACUCCAUCAUGGUGGGGAGUGGAUGCUUCAUGAUCUAUGCACAACUACAUUACAAAGGCCAGCAAUUCUUGGUCCGUAAAGGAGAGUACCCAGACUUUGAAAGCUGGUUGGGCAAAAAUGACUGCGUCUGCUCCUGCCAUGAAAUUCCUAUGGCCAUGACACAGCGAUCUUCUCAUGAGGUGAAACUGUUUGAGAGAAUGGAGUAUGGAGGUCAAAUGAUGGCUCUAGUGGAGAACUGUCCAAAUGUCACAGACAUGUUCCAAACAAACCACAUAUUCUCCUGCAAGGUGAUUGGUGGAAACUGGCUCUUCUUUGAACAGUUCAACUACAAAGGCAGGAUGUACCUCAUGAGGCCUGGAGAAUACACAAGAUUCACUGAAUGGGGAGGCUUGAGUGCCCAUGUGGGUUCCAUCAAACGAAUCAUUGAUAACUCGAAUUAACAUUCAUGCAGGCUGCUUAGCAGUUUUAAAAAAUAUAUUUGCUUAUUUUUUAAUGUAAUAAACACUGUUGUAAACUCACACACACACACCAAACUUAAAAUUAUUUGCUUCUAUUACUUAACAUAGGUCUGCCAUGUUGAAUGACAACUUACAGUAUGAAGCCUUUAUGCUUCAAACGCUCUUAUAUGUUAUCUCAGAAAUAAAUGUUUAUACAUUUUUGACUCAUAGAAUGUUUUAUAUAACAUUUUACAGUAUAUUAUUCAUAAUGUAACUGUGUUUCUA